AUGUGGUGUCUAAGCCUAUUUCUUUCUGAUUUAAGCUCUCAUGUUUGGAGGAAUGUUUUCCCUCAUGUUAGUACCAUUCUGGGCAACUCUCAUUGGGUGGUAGGUGCUGGUAACAUCAGCUUUAGCAUGGCUAACUGGGGUGCUGGUGCUUUUUCUGUGCAGAAUGUGGAUCUUAAGACUCCUUUUAGAGAAGUUAUUCAAUCUGCUGAUUUUUCUACCUUAGUUCUGCCUAGCUUAUCCACAGAGGCUCAAUCUAUUUUGAAUGCUCUUCCUAUGGAUGACAGGCUCAGAUACAUGGGCUUUCAAAUGCCUUAUAAAUUGAAUUUCUGCAUUAGAAGUCAACAGGAUUCUUUACUUCAUUUGUUUUGUCAAGGUGAAACUGCCUCUCAGGGUAGUUUUAUCUUCUCUGGUUGCUGGGAGAUUUGGCUUGCUAGAAAUGCAUCUGUUCAUGAUUCAGUUGCUAUGUCUUCUUCAUCUAUUAUCAAUAAAGUCAAGCACUGGUGUAAGGAUUUAUUGCAUUGCAGCUUGAUUAUCCCACUCAUUCUUCUGGUUUUCAUGAUUCUAUUUGUUUCCAAGGAAGGGAAUCAAAGUGCAGACACUUUAGCUACCCAUGGCCACUUCCAUCAGGAACAUUUUGAAUUUCUUUCUUUUCUAAUGGCUCUCUUCCUACUGCCUCUCUUGCCUAAAGAGUUGGUUGAGCAGUCGUGGCGGACAAACACAAACAGCAAGCAAAGUCUUGGCUCGCUCUCAUUGGGAGGCUGUUCAACCAGACUGACGAAGUUGAGUAUUGACACAAACAAUAAGAGGACGAGCUUCCCUUCUACUACCGAAAAGAGGAGUUUACCACCGCCUACAUAUUCCACUCACUCUAUCCUCUUUGAUCCUAUUCCAAGGCGAUGGAUCCUAUUUCACUAUCCUUGUCUAGAAGGCGAUUCGGUAGCACUGAAUUACUAUAAUAAGCGAGAGGCUUUUCGCUCCUCUCCUGCUUGGAAGCUCUCUUUUAGUCGGAGAAGUGCUACCUGUCGACCGUUAGGGAGACUACCGUCGACCGACCUGAGGAGGGAGACUACCGCCCCUGAGGGGCUUGUUGCUAGAGGCAUCCCCUCAAAUGAGAUUUCUAAACUCUACAACCGCUCCGGUUUGAGCAAUAAGAGCCCGCCUUCCGGGUCCUAUAUUCUAGUUACUAGCUUCAAAGGAACUACUAAAAGAAGGAGUCAAAGCAUCGGAGAGUGCUACCUACGAGUGAGUCACCCGCCUGGUUACCUGUCCUUAUGA